UGAAGAGACGCGGAAGAAAAGUGCAUAAAGUGAAAAAAGCAAAAUAUUAAAUUUUGAGUGCUUGAUUGACAAAAUAUCUCAACAAAAAAAUAAUCAAAGAUUUAAAAUUAUAAAAUUUUAAAAGUUUUAAAAAAUUAGAAAAAAAAAAUAAUUUAAAAAUGAAUCACAAAAUUGUUGGAUUAUUGUGCUUAUUGGUGACAGUCUCAGCUCUCCCUGCUGAGGAGACACGCGGACAUACACGAAAUGCUGUCGGUUCAGAUAACGAUUUAAUGGAUUCAAUUUACACUGACUGUCUUAGAAAGGAUUCAGUAUCAUGUGUCAAAUAUAAGUUCUUGUCAUUUGUGGAUAAAAUGGUCGAUGCUCGUGAUCAAUUCUCAUUGAGUGAAGGCGUUACAGUUGUCAAAGUUCCCGGAUCAGAAGGUGCACCACGAUCACUCAACAGUGACGAGUCAAUUGAAUCAUUGAUCCUCAAUCGCGUAUCAGGCUUCCUCCAGACACACACAAUCAAAGUUGAACUUAAGGGAACUGAUAUCGUUAGUGCUGUCUCAUCAACUGGACGUGCCCUCGAAGAUGUCUCAGAAAGUGUAUUCGGUGAUGAAGAAGGCAAAUCUGAAUCACGUGGCAAGAAGAAGAAGGCAGCUAAAUUGUUGGGACCACUCCUCAUGCUCGUCGCAUUGAAAGGUGCAGCUCUUCUUCCACUCAUCCUCGGCGCUAUUGCAUUGAUUGCUGGCAAAGCUCUUCUCAUCGGUAAAAUUGCUUUGGUCCUCUCAGCCGUUAUUGGACUUAAAAAGCUUCUCUCACAAGAAAAACACGUCACAUAUGAGGUAGUCGCACACCCACAUCACACAUCAAGUCACUCAACAAGUCAUGGAGACUCAUUCUCAAGUGGAUUCGCAGCAGCUGAUUCCUCAAGCUACGCUGGUGCUGGUGCAUCAAGUGGACAUGGAUGGGGACGAGCAUACGAUGCCCAAGAUUUGGCCUACAAAUCACAAAAACCUUAAAUUGAUUACCAAUUUGCUCUCUAAUCGUUACCAAUAAUAUUUAAGAAGACGAAGAUUAUUCGACAUAGUAAUUCCAUAUUGGAAGGAACUGACUCUCUGCUCACGAUCGAUGGUCUAAAUGGAUUUCCCAAACGAAAAAAAAAUGUAUCCUCACGAAAUGGAGAGGAUUACAAGUUAAUCUACAAUUGUGUUAAAUCAAAAAUUUUAUUUAUUUUAAACUUAUUUAUUUUUUGUUAAUUUAUUAUUUUUUGAAUCUCUCAGAGACAAAAGAAAAAACACAACGACGACAAUUGCAUGCAACUAAUCAUCCCAAUUAUAUUGUUAAAAAUCGCGAGACACUGAAAGGACUAGGAGAAGCGCCUAUCAACCAUAAUCAUAAUUUUUCACUAUUUUAACAAUAGACUCAAGCCUCAAUAGCACUUUUAAGAAAGGGUAAAACUCUGCUUCUUUUAACAUUUCCCAAAAUUUCUAAAGAUUUUUCCUUUCUAAACUUCUGUUACACGAUUACAUUCACUUUGCAUACACUCACUUUCCCUUUAGAGACAAUAAUCAUGAACAAGUACUUUAAAGUAAAAAUUUUUCUCAAUACUGUUGAGUCCGCAAUAUUCUCUCUAUCUCUCCAUCUCACUUACUUUCUUUGCUUUCCAAUUACUUCAUGACUCUUUACUUCUUUUUUCUCGUAUUCAAUUUUUCCCAUUCUUUUCUUUAAUCUUUAACUUUUUUCGUACAAAAGAAAACUGUGAAAUUUUUCCACAUCUUUACUGACUAUAGAAUUACUACACACAAUAGAAUAAGCAGCCUAGCAAUGUGUGAGAAUUAAUUUAAAAAAAAGCUUAUUGUAGUUCUGUUCAUAACAAUCUCUCUAUAUCUAUAACAUAUGCUGUCUAUAACUCUU